CAUUGGGAUGCUUAAKGAUUCCAUGUAGGCUAAGGACUAGUCUGCGAAAGUUACAGGUGGUGAGGGGUCAAAAAUCGUUAAUUUUAGGGGUAAUUUUAUUGCGAAUUAACUCGUACGGUACGGUACGUACUUUGUUAUUUAUGACAUGGGUCAUGUGUCAUGUGUCCAAAAAAUAGAGCCGUUGGGCUAGGGUCGGGACUGCGUUCGGACACAGCACGUUCCUAACGACCGUACGGUUCCGUACUGUACGUACCCAAGUACUUUACUCGUAGCUGAGAAAAACAGAAAUUCAAACCGUUCCAGAAAGAAAUUCUUGGAAGCCUUGCUACCGAUACCGCCGUACCGUACGGUACAUGGAUGCACAAACGACCAGCCAAUGCGUUACAGUAGUACAAGGUACGUAACUACCGUACAGUACAGUAAUGAACGAAUACUGUAACGAACAAAAGCGGGAUCACAGGAUAGUGCGUACGGUACGGUACUUGUACCACAACUACCAUACAGAAGUACUUGUACUGUUGUUGCCUCGUGGCCACGUUCGUACAAGUACGAGUAAGAGUACAAGUACCGGUACGAGUACCAGUAGUAUGUGUGUGUCGUCUCCGAUGGGUGGGUCUGCCGUUCCAUCCGUUCUACUUGUUCUAGUACAAGAACCUACGGGAGUACGUAGUAACGGUACGGUCGGAGGAGUUGUUGGGAUUGAUUGUUGGGAUGAACUCCUCACCGUGUGAUUUGAGAGCACGGGCACGAAUCCAAAGGAGAUAUUAGUUCGGUACUUCUAGUUAGGUACUGGUAGUGGACACGAGCACGGCCGAAAAACGGAAACGCUGGUUCGAUGCGAUACGAUUUACUCGUACGAGUACGAGUGCGACGCAUUGCAUAGCAGCAGGAGGCAACACAUCGCAUUGCACCGAACGGCACUGCACCAAAGCACACCACACUACACCACACCAAAGCACAUUCUCCGCCAGCCACCACACCACACCACACCACAGCCGAUCGAUCCGGUCGUUUCUCCCGGCCACCACCCACAACGCCACGAUAGCAUCGGAAGAAGCACCGGCGGAAGCACCGCCGGAAGAAGCAGCAGCAGCGCCGCUCCACCCGCUCCUGGAUCGACUCCUCCGCGACGACGGGACCAUCUGUUGCGGAUUCCUGAUUGUGAGCCUGGCGAUCUACCACGUUGCGAGGAAACUGAAACUGCUCCCGGGAUCGAGCGAGAGCGAGAAUCGGAAGGACAAGGACGGGGACCACCAGAGCGAGAACCAGAGCAGCAGCAGCAGCAGCAGCAGCGGACUGAGCAGCCUCGGCAGCCACAGCAGCAGCAGCAGCGGACUGAGCAGCCUCAGCAGCAAUAGCAACAACAGCAGCAAUAGCAACAACAACAACAGCAAUAGCAACAACAAGGCCAACCCAAACAGAAAGAAAAAGACAAACCAAACCGCCAUGGGCAAGAACGGGAAGGACCACCGCAGGGUCCCCCUCGCGAGGUGCCUUUUCUGGCUGGCGCUGGUCUCCCCGAUGGGCUUUUUCCUGGGCCGGAACGCCGCCGAUCCGAGCGGGCGGCUGCGUUUGCUCGUGCAAGAGUCGCUGGGCUUCGAAGCGGGCUCGCAAGCGGGUUCGCAAGCGGGCUUCGAAACGGGUUCUCCCCUUGCCCCUCGGCACGCUUCGGACCGGGCGGAAGCAACCGCGGGGGCGAGGGCGAUUUCGAGGACGAGGACCGCCCCCCCCCGGUUUUCGGAGGACGCCUCGAGGGCCCCCGAUCGCGAUCGCCGCAAGCUGGCCGCCGCCCGCCGCAAGAAAUUCGCCGAGUACGUCGUCCACCCCACCAUGCUGGUGGGAGGGACGGGAGACAACUUCGAGCACCCCCCAGAAAGGGUGGCCGUUGCCGUCGACGCCUUUGCCGACCACGGGAGGCUGGCGGGGGACCUGCUCUCGGAGCUCUCCCUCCACCGAUCGGUCGAGGAGGUGACGGUCUUUUUCGUCGGAAACGAAAUCGACAACGAAACCGACAACCAAAACCAAAAGCAAAAGCAAAACCGGGGCGUGCAAGCCAUGGAGGAAAGCGUGGGCAAGCCCUCCGGCAACGACCUCGACCUCGACCCCGGCACCCGGUGCCCGUCCUACCUACUGUCCAUCGAUCCGGGGAUCUCCCUGGAGUGCCUCUACCUGGAUUCCUCCUGGGGGAACGACGCGGAGAAGCUCGGGGCCUUUGACGAGGCCUUCAUGCCCGACCACAGCUUUGACGUCUCCUUUGCCUUUUCGGGAUGCGGCUCCAAGAACCACGAAAAAGACCGCCUGUGGGAAAAAUUCCUGCUCUUUGGCUUUACCGACUCGGUCGCUUCGACCUGCACCGGCCCGGCCCGGCCGCCCGGGAGAUCGAUCGCCGCCCUCGGGGUUAAGGACCAGACCCGCCGGAUCGAGACCAUCGAGGGCCUGCUCAUGGACUUUUUGGUCGGCGACCACGACAACGACGACGAGCACAAGCACGACAACGACAACGAGCAAGAGACCACCAAGGCCAACCUCUACGGACAGAUCGUCGACUACGACGUCCUGGGCACGAACGUGGCCGUCGCCUUUCACAACAAGACGGACGGCGGCCUCUGGAAGUGGCACCUCAACGAGGCCAACUACCAGCAGGAGCUCUACUGGAGGCUCAAGGGGGACGGAGACCGGAACGGAGACACCACCGGCCUCCUCCACUUUGACGCACCGGCCAUGCUGCCGCUCCAGUUCCCCUCCCGGCAGAGCGGGGAGUCCUACUGCCGGUACCUGGAGGCGAACGGAGAGAUGGACGAGGACGACCGCCACUUUUGCCGGUUUGGAUACGAUCCGUACAAGGAAAACAUUCCCAUCGCGGGGGGAAACAUCUACGUGGCCAAGUCGACCCAGGGGGAAAACUCCGGCCGGGGGGUCUUCACGGCGGUCGACAUACUCGACCACGGGACGAUGAUCGGGAUGGAAACCAACAUCUACCCGGUACACCUUCCCCCCCUCAGCAAGUGGAUCACCCUCAAGCUCAUGGACAUGAAGGCCUACAGGGACUAUUCCGAUCCCAAACCGCACUCGUUCGACGACGAGGAAGAGGACGACGACGACGACGAGGAUGAGGACGAGGACGAGGAUGACGACGACGAGGAUGACGACGACGAGGACGACGACGACGACGACGACGAGCUGCCCGGGGACUCCCCCCUCAUGAAGUGGAACCUCCACCGGUCCGUCUCCACCUACGCCGAGGCCUACGGAUUCGACGACGAGCCCUGGGGCGUCGUCGAAACCAGCGUCUACUCGAACAUUCUGACCUUUGUCAACCACGGCUGCAACGGAACGGCCAACAUUGGCUACAACGUCCCGGGGAUCAACGAGUUCACACUCGACCCCCUGGCCGACGGGCCGGCCUUUCGCGUCCCCGAAGCCUUUCGGGAGUCCAUGGUCUAUCCGUACGUGCCCCACCGGGACCGGUCCUACACGAGCGGGGCGACGACCUCGGCCGUGGAGCACCCCCCCAUCCUGGCCGGACAGGAGCUCUUUGACAACUACAUGGGCUUUGGGGGCGAGACCUACUUUGCCACGCAGGUCAUGGAGCUCAAGCGGGACUGCUCGGGCGGCCUCGGGACGGUCGAGCUGCAGCAGCUCCGGGCAAAAGCAAAAGCAAAAGACACGACAAGAGCCAAAGCGAGGGCGGAACAGCCCGCGGCCGGCGGCUACCACACGAUCCCCGAGGGCCACGGCUUGCACCACCACCCGCGCCCGGGCGUGGCGGGCGGGGACGGAAACGGAAACGGAAACGAGGAGACCGAUGGCGAGGAACGAGAACCCACCGGCCGUGUUUAUGACGACGACGAUGAUGAUUACGCCGAGGACAAGGACAAGGACGACGACGACGACGAUUACGUCGAGGACGACGACGAUUACGAUUACGUCGGGGACAAGGGUGCGACAGGCGGUGGCCCUUCCGAUGAGUUAUAGUAGAGUGCAAUGGUGGCACGGAAUGGAACGGUAUGGUACAAAAGGGUCGAGGCAGAGCGUGGCACACACCAUGCCACUACGGCACCGCCGCACUGCCAUGUGCUCCGUACGGUACCACACACUGCACAACACAGCACUGCACUGCACAGCACAGCACUGCACAGCCCACGACACACCAACCAAUCACGGCAGUACGUACUGUACUACAAUGGCGUGUGAUGUGAUGUCAUGCGAUGCGACGCGAUGUCAUGCGAUGUCAUGCACCACAGCAAUCGCGGUAUUGCACAAUCGUCACAAUCGUUGGUAGAUCAAUGCAGUACUGCUGGUAACAAAAAUAAGUAAUUACAGUAAUAGAAGCCAUGAACCAUA